AUGGGGCUAGCGGCGGCGGACGAGCUUGAGGAGGUGGAGGGGGUCCUACCCUUGCCUUCACCUCGGGCGGAGAGGCAGCGAGGUGGCCUGACCACGGCGGCGGGCGGCGGUGGCCUCCGCCUCGCUGAGCGGCCUGCCUCCGCACGAGUCCCCGCCCGCCUGCCGCCGCGCCGAGCAGCCCAAGCCGCCCGAGCUGCGCCAGUCCCCGCCGGCCUGCCGCUGCACCGAGCAGCCCGCACCGCCUUGGCCCCACCCGCCUGCCGCCACGCCGAACAGCCCGCGCCGCCUCGGCCCUGCCCGCCUGCCGCCGCGCCGAACAGCCAGAGGUGCGUCGGCCCCCACCCGCCUGCCGUCGCGUCGGUGCCCGCCCGCCGUCGCGUCGGUGCCCGCCCGCCGCUGGGCCCGUCGGGCGCUGGGGCCGCCUGCACCUCGACAAAGAGCUCAUGCACCCCGCCGUCGACCGCGUCCACCAGGAGGCCCUACAUCCCGCCAUGA